GUGGGGUGGAAAGGAGAAGAGUGAACAGAACUCUGGUGCCAGCAAGAAAUGGCUUCACCCAGAGGUAAAGGCAGCAGCAGUGUCGCUUCCUCAAAGUGAAAGUGAAAGUAGGCAGAGGACAGAGGAGAAACCCAUAGGCUGUCGGCGACCGAGAGGUGUUUGGAGAGACCCCUCUUCUGCUGGGAGCAGCUGUGGAGCAGAGCAGCAGCAGGAGGAGGAGGGCCUGAGGGCAGCCCCCAUGGGCACCGAGGGGUGGUGCCUGCUGCUCUGCGUGGCUCUGUCCGGAGGAGCGGCAGACGUCGCAGAAAGGCAAUGGCGGGCAGUGGAUGUGGUCUUGGACUGCUUCUUGGUAGAGGAAGGCAAGCACCAUGGAGGGUUUGCCAGCAGUAAGAACAUGGUGAAGGCCUUGCUGGUGCUGAGAGAGGUGCCAAUGCUGGAUGAUGGCUCCCUGGAAGGCUUCGGCAAUUUCCAACUGAGCACAGUGGCCAAAGACAACACCCCUGUUACCUUUGAGGCCUCCGUGAACCUGGUACAGAUUCCCGAUGCAGAGGCCUUGCUCCACGCGGACUGCAGCGAGAAGGAGGUGACCUGUGAGAUCUCCCACUAUCUUCUCCCAGCCAGACAAGAGGCCGCUGUUGAGACAGCAGCUUGGUUCAUCACCAACGUGCAGGUGUCUGGAGGGGGACCCAGUGUCUCCAUAGUGAUGAGGACUCUUGGGGAUGCUGAGAAUGGGGCUGCCUUGCACCCCACACUGAACCUACCCCAGAGCCCCCUGGGGACUGUGCUGACUGCAGUGGAACUGCAAGUGACAACUCAAACCCCAUCCCUGAGUUUCCUGCUGGGGUCCUCAGCCUCCCUGCACUGUGGCUUCUCCAUAGCACCCAGCUCGGACCUCACCAGAGUGGAGUGGCGGCUGCAGCACAGGGGCGCUGGCCAGCUAGUGUACAGCUGGGCCAAGGGGCAGGGGGUGGCCAAGCGAGAGGGCGCCACCCUGCAGCCUGAGCAGCUCCUCACGGCUGGGGCUGCCUCCCUCAACCUACCCAGCCUCACUCUGGAGGACGAAGGGGCCUACAUUUGCCAGAUCACCACCUCUCUGCACCAAGCUCAACAAAUCAUCCACCUCCAUGUCCAAGCUUCCCCCAAAGUACAACUAAGUUUGGCACAUGAAGCUCUGACACCCACCCUCAUCUGCAACAUAGUGGGCUACUAUCCUCUGGACAUCAGUGUGAAGUGGACCCGGGAGGAGCUGGGUGGAGCCCCAGUCCCAGUGUCUGAUGCCUCCUUCUCCAGCCUCCGGCAAGGCCCAGGGGGCACCUACAGCAUCUCCUCCUCCCUGAAGGCAGAACCUGGCUCUGCAGGUGCCACUUACACCUGUCAGGUCACCCACAUCUCCCUGGACAAGCCCAUCGAGGCCAGGGCCUGGGUUGCCCCACCAGAGCAGAGAAUGACGGCCUUUGGGAUCGUUUUUGCCAGCAGCCUCUUCCUUCUUGCACUGCUGUACCUGGGGCUUCAGAGAUGGAAAGCUACCUCACCCAAGGUCUGCCAAGACUCCGAGGCCCUCUGGGUAACCAUUCUACCGCCUCAGAGUAAAAAGAAACAGUAGUCACGUUCUCCCAGAGGGACUCUAAGCCAAGGCCGAGAACUCAAAAAGACCCCAAAGAAAAGCAUGAAGCGAGCACAGACCAUGGGGCCACUGGGUCUGGCUCUGAACAUGUGCAGGACUAUGCCUUCCUUCAUCGUGUCCCUUGGCUAAAAAGGGUAAACACGAAAAGGUGAGAGGGCAGCAGGAAGGCAGCAAGAAGUCUGGGUGGAGGUUAAAACGGGAGCCAGUUUGAGGUACAGUAGUAGGAAAAGAAAAUGGGAAGAAAUUUAGAAAGCAGCAAAUGA